UAGAAAGAUCCAGAGAGAGAGAGAGAGAAGCCAUGGCUGGUCUUCAAAGAUCUGAGGUAUCAUUCCGACGACAAGGUUCGUCUGGGCUUGUUUGGGACGACAGAUUCUUAUCAGGCGAAUUGAACAAGGUGAACCAGAAGGAAGAUAAUAAUGAUCGUCCUCAACAACAACAUCACAACUCUGAGAUUAAAGAGCUUAAGGUAGACGUCGGAUCAUCCAACACCAUCCAGAGAAGCCGUUCCAACGGCGGCUAUCGCACCGGAAAAGUGUCUCCGGCUAUUGAACCACCGUCUCCGAAGCUCUCCGCAUGUGGGUUUUGCAGCGCGUUCGGAAAGCCCGGCGGCGAUAGGGGUCAACGAGAG